AACAUGGAGGAUUUAGAUCACACAUUGUUUAGGACAAGGGCGGCGAUUUAAAAAAAAGUGGUUAUAGGGUUGUUAAGUAAAGAAAAUCCAUCAUUGUGUGUUUUUUUUUGAAGUAGGCAGCCACAAUUAAAAUGUACUAUAUAGUAAAAAAAAUAGUUUUUGAACAAAAGAAAAAAGUCUUGUUUUUUUGGGGAACUCAUGACCAAAAUAUUCCUGAAACUGCAUUUUGAAUUUUACGCAAUAUUAUGAGUUCAACACUGUGUUUGGUGAUAAUAUGUUGUUUUGCAAAACAGAUGGACAUUUAUGACUCUUUGCACGUAAACACUUGUGUUUUGGGAGUAUAUAAAAGCCUUGGCAGCUUCCUCUGCUGUCAGGAUCUCUCUACAUCAGGUAGGCUUACAGAAGUCCCAAAACUUUUGGUUCAUUUUCAUUUAAAAAAAAGGGUUGCUUCUCUAAUUUUCACUUAGCAAGCUUUUUGGAUUUUUUAUUGAAAAGCGUUUCUGUUUUGAAUGCUUUACACAUCUUUAUGUCACUAAUUGUUUUUGUGAGAGAGGGAGGAGAUUUGUGAUGCAAAAAAAUCACUCAAGUCUUGUGGAAUUCUUUUUUUUUUUUUUUUUUUGGUGAUGAAGCAGAGGGAUUUGCCUUUACAAGGACCCAGUGAGCGGGUGUAGCUGAUAAACCUGAAAUAUCUCAUAUCUGGUUCCAGGUGCAGGGCACUGACUCAUUUGUGAAGGAUCCCAGAGAGAGGAGGCAUGUGUUUCAACCCCGGAUACGCAUGUGAAUGUUUGGCUAGCGGCAAUCUGUGCGAGCCCUGCAAGAUGACAGCCAAAGACAGAGAUAUGGAGGAGGCGCACCUCUCCAACAACAUAAAUGCUGCAGGUCGAGCUGCGAGCGAACCCGAGCUGAACGUCUCCUCUGAAGUUGGUCGGGACCGGGGUCGGAGCUGGGGAUGGAUGCUGUCUGCAUUCAUCUGUCUGAACAUUCUCAUUCUGGGAUGUGCUUUAGUCAGUGGCAGUGCUUCCAAUAAUGUUAAAAUCAGCACCUCAGAUCUGCAAGUUUUUCUCAUCAUCCUCCUCCUCCUCACCUCCAUCUGGAUGAUCUACUACACCAUCUACAUGCGCAGGACAGAAAAUGCUGUCAUCUACAAGGAUGAGCACGCUGGACCCAUAUGGCUCAGAGGAGGACUUGUGCUGUUUGGGAUCCUCAGUAUCAUCAUGGACAUUUUCAAGAUUGCUAGUUAUGUGGGAUACCUUCACUGUGAUUCAGCUGUUAAAGUAGCCUUCCCGGUGGUACAACUUGUCUUUGUUAUCGUGCAGACAUACUUCUUGUGGAUCCACUCGAAAGACUGCGUUCAGCUCCAAAAGAACAUUUCAUGCUGUGGGCUGAUGCUCACCCUUUCCACAAAUUUAGCUUUAUGGAUGGCUGCAGUGACAGAGGAGUCCCUUCACCAAACAGUUCUUCCUGACUAUGAGGUCAAUGUCACAAAAUUAUCCGCCAGAAGCUUGUACAUCAGCAAAGCUGGUUAUGGAGACGACUCCUGUAAAUGCAGCCACACCUCAUGUGGAGUCUUCAAGGAGGCCUAUUACUAUCUCUACCCCUUCAAUAUCGAGUAUAGCCUCUUUGCCUCUGCCAUGUCCUUCGUCAUGUGGAAGAACGUGGGGCGGGUAGCGUCUGAACACAGCAAGCACAACUUCAAAUUCACCCUUAAAGACAUCGUCAUCGGCCCUGUCGUGGGGAUCCUUCUAGUGAUAGCAGGCUUGGCCACAUUCAUUGUGUAUGAGAUUGAAAUGAAAACGUACAGGUCUGAUGAUGAUGAUAUUAAUGACCACGCUGUGAUGAUGCACUUCAUCAUGAAUAUCGUCAUCGUGACCAUGAUGUCUGUUUCCACUGUGAUCGGCUGUGCCAUCUUUAAGGUGGAUCACAGGGAGCACGUGUCAGAGAAAAACCCCACCCGCAGCCUGGAUGUGGGACUGCUAGUGGGGGCCUCCAUGGGGCAGUUCAUCAUCAGCUACUUCUCCAUCAUUGCGACGAUUGCCACCGGAGCCAAAGGACACCUGAACAGGCUCAACCUGGCCUGGGGUGUACUGAUGGUGUUCCAGCUGGGCUUGCAAAACUUCUUUAUCAUUGAAGGUCUGCAUCGAGAGCCCUUCCAUGAAGUGGAGGAGCCUAUCACUGUAGUUGAGAAUCCAUAUGUACUGGAACUGCGAAAAGAGGACAAUAACAGUAAUGAAAAAUCGGAGGAGAGUUGCUUUGAAGGAGCAGAAGAUAGCAGGUUGGAAAAAACAAAUGCGAGCACCUUUGAAAGGGGGGAAGGCGCUGCAAAACCAAAUCUUGUCCCAGCAACUCUAAACUACAGCAGUGCAACUGAGCACAAACACAAACUACUCUGGAAACGGCGAGUGUUGAGAGAGGUCUGCGUGUUUUUGCUGCUGGGAAACAUCAUUCUGUGGAUCAUGCCUGCUUUUGGUGCUCGCCCUCAGUUCGAUCAUGACACAGAAGUGGAAUUCUACAAAUUUAACAUGUGGGCUGCUAUUGUGAACGUGGGACUUCCUUUUGGGAUAUUUUACAGAAUGCACUCAGUUGCCAGUCUAUUUGAAGUGUUUCUGAAUUCAUAAAACAGUAGCUUUGAAUGUGUUCAGGGCAGCUAUUAGGGACAUUCAAUUGUUUUGUAUAAAGUGAUUUAUAAGCAUAUCUUUUAUGUGAAAUAGCCGGUAAUGUUACUAUGUUUUUGAUAGUCUUGUUAUUUUUUUAGUGUGAGUAUGUUAUUGCAUGAAAGCAUUCAAAAUUUUAUUUUUUAGAAUUAAUCACAAUAACUCUGUAUAACCUAUAGCUCAUAUUGUGCAAUUUAAUUAUGUCUAUUCAAAAUAAAAUGCAAAUAAAAGUUUGAAUUAUUUUCUUGCAA